UCCAGGAGAUCCAGAUACCCCGCCCUCCCUAUCGUGCGCGUGCCAUGUCUCGCCAUGCCUAUCGCUGCCAUGCCCCUCCAUGCCGUUCCCGGCCUUACCCCUCCCCUCCAUGCUAUGAACGGCCAUGCCCCCUCCCAUCCAUUCCUAUCCAGUACAUGCCCCCCCCUGUUAAGUUUUCGAAUUCAAUAUACUCAAUACGAUGUAAACAAAACUAUUAACCCUCUAUCAUCGCAAUAUUUUAGGGUAUAAAUAAAGCAGAGUGGUGUGUGUAAUAUCUUCAGUAGUAAUACAUUCACUCUAACAACGAGUCAUUGUUCUCUAUAGAUACUUAAAAUCAUUUUUUCACGUUUCAAAAAUAAAUUUACAAGUGUUUCUAAAUAUGGCCGGUUCAAUCACGGAUAAUGCAGCUAUAUACAAGAAAACCUUUACAUAUGUCCCGCCAACACCGCCUUCGGAGCUUAUCGAUUCUACUAACUAUACGUUGAACUUCGUGAAACGUAAGUUUAUACAUAUUGGGAUCGAUCCGACUGAUAUGUUCAGAGUGGCGGUGCAUAUAAUAACACCAUCACGUUAUGUUAAAAUUUCAACUGAGUUUCUAAAAAGAAUAUUUUCACUGAUGGGUAAUAUCCUAUCAUUUAUUUUGGAGCAGCCGGCGAAAUAUAAAAGAACCAUUUUUCUCGAGACAGAGAAUUUAAAGUUAUUUAGCAUGAUGUAUAGCGGUGAAAACUCCUUAGUAAUAGAGUCCAAGAUACACGACGGAUGCCGAAUUCUUUUAAAUCGUAUGGAGCUCAUACGACUUCACUACCUAGAAUGGUGCAUUUUCGAAACUAUCGUACGAAAAUCAACUAUAAUGCAUCCAAUCGUCUUAAAACAAUUCAAUAUUUUUACGAAUUAUAUUAAUGGUGAACUUUCCAAAGCGGAAUCAUUGCCGAGAACGAGUGAAGAAAUGACUACGUUUAUCAAAAAUAUACGUGACGAUCAUAUUAUUGCAAGCAGUCCUAAACAUGAUGUUAAUUUCAUUAGUCAGCUCAAAAUGUAUGCAUUAGAGCAAUUAACUGAACACUGUAUGCAACAAUGGAAUGGAGAAAUGUCUCCAAAGUCGUUUGAUAGAAAUUUAACAAUCAUUUCACCGACCUCGCCAACCUAUUUACCCUCAAGCAUCACGAAGGGCGACACAUUUGACAUUCAUAAUGAAAAAGUAAAUAGUGCAAAGCCGUACUAUUCAUUUGACGGUAUGCUGUCAUUCGACGAAAAUGAUGGCCCCGAUUUUUUCAACAUACAAACCGUAUCUGAUGGAAACCAAGCAACGUAUGCAAUGUUUCCAAGACCAUUAUGAUGAAGGUGGAAAAUAACAAA